UAAUUUAGUUUUGUAGAACAAUCAAUAUUCUGUUUUUUCAUAUUGUAUCGAAAAAAGAAUAGAUUGAUUUUAUAUAGUGCGAAAAAAAUAAAUAAUUUAUUUAAUCUUAAUAAGAAAAAAAAUUGAGUACUUAUUCUAUGCAUUUAAUCAUGAUUAAACUGUAAUUUGAAAUAUACCAUUUAUCAGGCAAAGUACUGUUAUCUAUUGUUAUUUUAUUUUUAGGCAUUUGAUGAACUAAGAAAAAAUGCACUGAAUACUGUUCAAUAUGCUGAAUUUAGGAUUCCUAGUUGUCAUCGUGGUUCAAACGAAUCGAUUCGUAUUGGUCAAAAUCUUGUACCUUUUCUUAGUACUUAUAUGCCUAAUUUACAAACAUUACAUCUUUGGCGUAUAGAUGAUUUUCCAUGGACAUCUAGUAUGUAG